UUGUGGUACGCAUGUUUCCUAACUUUUUGAUGUAUCGAGUCGGAUUUAGGAGUCUGUAGCCGAAAGAUGAACAAGAAGUUGUGGAUUGAGGGCUUGCACGUCUGAAUACAUGAUCUGCAUCGCUUCCUCGGUUUAUGUUGGAUUCAUGCUGUAUAGCUGAUUCAACCAAUUAAUCCUUGUAAGAGAAUAUGUUGCCUUAUAGCUUCCAAGGUUAUUGCAGAAGAAGCAGGAAUUUACAGAUUUCCUUUUCAGAAGGUCUGCUAACCCUGUAUUUUACCCGGUAGAGUAGUUUGACAUUUUCAACUAGAUUAUCUGAUUGAAGGUCACAUACCAUCUGUUUGACUUACCAUUGUGGUUGUAUGAGACACUCAACUAGCUUCUUUAAUUGAAAAUGAGCUAUGGUUAAAGAAUUGUCUUUUGACAUGAGAGGGCAAGAACAGGUCAUGCAGCACCUAUUCAUCUAUUGCAUCCUCUUUUUUGGGUUGUCAUGAGACUUUGAAUGACAUUGGGAUAAGAUUGUCAAGCCUGGUGUUUCUUAAUAAUUAAAUCCGAGGGGCCUUUGACUGAAAUGUAAAAUGUCACGUAACCAGCUAUGGCUAUUGUUGUUACUUGUGCUGUUAUCUUGUAUAGCAGACAGUGUAUCAACAAUGAAUCAGCAAAAAGAUCGGUCGAUCAAAUCUGCAGUCUUCCUCUCUCCUCCUUUCUUUCUACAUCCUGGGUCUGUGGCCAAUAAAUUUUACUUUAACAUCCCGUUUCCGAAAGGCCAUAUCGCUCUCAAGAGCUUUGAUGCUGAGGUGAUUGAUGAGAAUGGCAUUCCUGUCCCCCUUCAUGAAACUUAUCUUCAUCACUGGAUCAUUGAGAGAUACUAUGGUAGAAAGGAAAGCCUUGCUGAUGGAAAUUCAGAGUUGAAAGCGUUCAACCAUUCCAAUUUCAUAUGGAUGAGAAAUGCUGGAAUCUGUAAGGGUACUCUGGGGCAGUACUAUGGUCUUGGUUCAGAAACCCGCAGAACUUCCACAUGGGUCCCCGAUCCCUAUGGCAUAGAAGUCGGGAACCCUGAGAAAAUUCCGGAUGGUUACAAGGAGAAAUGGCUAUUAAAUGUCCAUGCAAUCGAUACACGAGGUGUGGAGGAUCGUUUCGGGUGCACAGAGUGCAAGUGCAGUCUGUACAAUGUGACCAUGGAUGAGUUUGGUCGGGCUCUGCCAAAAGAUUAUGAUGGAGGAUUGCAUUGUUGCUAUGACCAGACACAAUGUCAAGUAAGGGCAGGCAUUCAAAAUGUCUCCAGGAUUCUGUAUCUUAAAUACACAGUCAAGUGGCUCAACUGGGUUGAAAACAUUAUACCUGUCAAGAUCUAUAUCUUCGAUGUAACUUAUUCAGGAGAACAUUCAGUUGAUCCAAGUAAAGAAAAUCCUUUAAAUCUGAGUUGUAAGGUGGAGUACGAAAUCAAGUCUUGCAAAGAUAAUGGUGGAUGCGUGGAUACUAAAAGAACACAGUUGGUUAUUCCCACAGGGGGUGAUAUUGUGUAUGGUGUUGCACACCAGCACUCAGCCGGUCUAGGUGCUACUCUCUAUGGUCAGGACGGGCGGGUCUUGUGCACUUCUAAUCCGACAUAUGGAGAUGGGGAAGAAGCAGGGAACGAAGCUGGCUACAUCGUGGGGAUGUCUACUUGUUACCCUAAGCCAGGCUCAGUCCAAGUCGUGGAUGGAGAGAUGUUGACUCUGGAGUCCAAUUACAGCAGCAACCAAGCACAUACAGGAGUGAUGGGGCUUUUCUACGUAUUGGUAGCUGAAGCUGUACCAAAGAGCAAGACCAUGCUAUUUCUCAGCUUUCCUGGUUCUUUGGAUCUGGGGCUCACAAAGCACACUUGGUCCUUCGUCCUCGCCGGUGGUAUGCUAACAGCCAUCUUCGGAAUCAGCUACUUGUGUAAAAGAGGCCGCAGGAAACCAUAUCAACCUCUGGUGCUGACUUAGUGCAAUAGUGGUCAAAAUACUGCUUUCCAACUCGCUUAUUACUUUACUGUACAUGGAACUCUCUCCACAGUACGUGUCUUAGCUCUGGUAGAAAUCAGACAAUGUUCUUUUGUGGUUGUAGAAGAAACAAUGGUUGGAAUAUCUUGUACACAGAUUGAAGAUGAGCUCUGAUAAGGUAUGAGUUUGCACGUAAAUCUUUGCCUCUUAA